AUACUUUUGUUUUCGUUUACAGUAACAGAAGAACCAACCGCCAUUGCAGCACCACCCCCAUCCGCCACUACAGCCACGGCCAGCACGGCCGCGACAGAGAGUAGUGUAUCCUACGAAGAGACCGGGGAACGAAGGAGGAGAUACAGGGGAGUGAGGCAGAGACCAUGGGGCAAAUGGGCUGCGGAGAUUCGAGACCCGCACAAAGCCGCAAGAGUCUGGCUCGGCACCUUCGACACCGCCGAAGCAGCCGCCAGAGCUUACGACGAAGCAGCCUUGAGGUUCAGAGGCAACCGCGCCAAACUCAAUUUCCCGGAAAAUGUUCGACUCGUAACUCCCCCACAACCCCAACAACAACACCAACACCAAAAUUUUCCCUCCUGCCAAACACCUCCUGGAUCGUCUUUAACUUCUUUAACAUCAUAUCAACCUCACCAACAAGCCGCAAUGACGACGAUAGCAACCGCCGUUACACCGCCGCCAAUGCCGCCGUUUUUCAUGUCGCAAAAUUAUCAAGACUAUUAUGACUACUCUCAACUCUUGCAAAACCAACCCCCUCAAAUCUUUCAAAACCAACCCCCGAGUUUGUUGCAACAACUUCUUCAGUCCAAUACACAAAUGGGUUCAUCCGUUCAAUCGCCAUUGUUGUCUUCUUCUUCUUCUCCGUCUUAUUUAGUCGGACCACCUUCAUCUUCCGGAUCGUCUUCCUCCUCAACAUUUCCUCUGCUUUUCGGUGAGCAGAGUUUUCUAAGGCCACCCCAGAGUAAUACUAAUCAAAAUCAGAGUAGCGGGUCGAAUUUUCAAGUGCCGCCAUGGACGCAUUCAAGUCACUAUCCUCCUUCUUCAGGUGGAUAA